AUGCCUUUAUUCUUUCUUUAUUCAUUUUUAAUUUACUUGAUACUUUUUCAAUGUAUACGUAAUUACAAACAUUUAAGUACAUUACAAUUAUCCAAUAGAGGAUUGGUUGGUAACCAUGUAGGUAGUAAUUUGAGUUAUGCCUGUUGGCUUGGAAAAUUAAAGAAUAUUAAUAACAGGAAAACAUUUGAAAUAAAUAUGAUAAAAAAAUUUAUUAAUGCUCGGGAUCCUUUUGAACCUCAAGACCACUUGAAAGAUAUCCCAUAUAAGGAUGAAUUGGAUAAGAUUCAAAUACGAGGGAGAAAAAUAGAAAUGAAGUCCAUAUUUUCACCACAAGGAGAUUUAAUACCUGCUACAUUAAUUGAAAUAAUGCCGAACGUUAUUUAUCGAUUUUUAGAUUUCGGUAAAGUAGGUAUAGCAUAUGGAAAACCAUUAGAUGAGAGUCGAUGGAUUUUAAAACCAGAAAUAGGUCAGAUAGCUAAAGUUGGCUGUAAUUUAAAAAAUACAUGUAGCUUGACAUUAACCCCUCCACAAAAUUUUGUAUUAGGCCAAAUUAUUGAUGUUUCUUAUUUAUAUAAUUAUAAAUAUGUAAAUGUACGAGGUUUAUCUAAAGGAAAGGGUUUCUGUGGUGUUAUAAAAAGAUGGGGAUUCAAGAGAGGUCCUAUGUCUCAUGGAAGUUCCCAUCAUAGAAAACCAGGGUCCAUUGGUGCUUCUACCCAUAUAGGACGAGUUUUAAAAGGAAAGAAAAUGCCAGGAAAACAUGGAAAUAAAUAUAGGACUAUGAUUAAUUUGAAAUUGCUAGGAUUAAAUUUAGAAAGAAAUGAAAUUCUAGUAAGUGGCUGUAUUCCAGGUAAUAGAAAUUCUUAUGUCACCGUAACAGCAACGAGGGAUAACAAAGUUAAUAAAUAUAAAUAUAUAUUGGAUAUGUUAUAUAAACAAGAGAAAAAUGUCAAAUAA